AGAAGAAAAAGAAAAGGAAAAAGCUGCGGCAAUAGAGAGUAGAGAGUAAACAGAAAAUCUGAGGCGCGAGUGGCUGGUGAAGGCAGCGACUGCGAGGGAAGGGAAGCAUCUUUAGCUCCAAAUCCAAUGGCGGAUACCUCAAGCCGAUCAAGAGACCUCGACAAGCUCCUUCUCCGCCCUGGCAAUCUCGUCGGUCCUAGGUUCGAACCUGGCCCUGAGUUGCGAGAUGACCUUCAGGCCUUCGCCAAAGUGUUGGUGGUUGGGGCUGGUGGCUUGGGUUGCGAAUUGUUGAAGGAUUUAGCCCUCUCUGGUUUCCGAAACCUUGAGGUCAUUGACAUGGAUCGCAUAGAAGUUACCAAUCUCAACCGCCAAUUCUUGUUCAGACUUGAAGAUGUUGGCAAACCCAAAGCCGAGGUAGCUGCCAAGCGUGUCAUGGAGAGAAUUAGUGGUGUGGAAAUCGUGCCGCACUUUUGCAGGAUCGAGGACAAGGAAAUUGAAUUUUACAACAAUUUUAACAUUAUUGCCCUUGGUCUUGAUUCCAUUGAGGCCCGCAGUUAUAUCAAUACUGUUGCCUGCAGUUUUCUAGAGUACGAUUCUGAUGAUAAUCCACAAGAAGAGACAAUCAAACCUAUGGUGGAUGGUGGGACUGAAGGUUUCAAGGGCCAUGCUAGGGUUAUCAUGCCAGGGAUUACACCAUGCUUUGAGUGUACUAUCUGGCUUUUUCCACCUCAAGUGAAGUUUCCUUUGUGUACCCUGGCUGAAACCCCUAGAACUGCUGCUCACUGUAUUGAAUACGCCCACUUGAUUAAGUGGAAUGAGGUUCAUGGCGGAGUGGCUUUUGAUCCAGAUAACCCUGAGCAUAUGAAAUGGGUCUAUGACGAGGCUGUCAAGAGGGCUGAGCUUUUUGGCAUUCCUGGGGUUACUUAUUCUCUUACCCAGGGUGUCGUGAAGAACAUCAUACCAGCUAUAGCUUCAACAAAUGCAAUUAUAUCAGCAGCAUGUGCACUAGAAACAUUAAAGAUUGCAACAGAGUGCAGCAAAACUUUGUCGAACUAUUUAACGUAUAAUGGAUCAGAAGGCCUCCAUACUGAAGUUGCAGAAUUUGAAAGGGACAAGGACUGUCUUGUGUGUGGUCCUGGUAUACGAAUUGAACUAGACCCUUCAAUCACAUUGCAAAAGUUCAUGGAUCUUCUGGAAGAACAUCCUAAGUUGCGAUUAUCAAAAGCUAGUAUUACACAUCGAGGAAAGAAUCUGUACAUGCAAGCUCCCCCUGUAUUGGAAGAAAUGACUCGAUCAAACCUGAAUCUAUCUCUUUUUAAUCUCAUGGGUAAAUUGCCCAAGGAUGUUGUGCAUGUGAAUGGUACAACAAUCAAGAACGACCAAAAGUUUUCCUGUUUGAGAAAAUUACGUGUUGUUUUCAAGGGAGUUGACGGGGUUACAGAUAUGGAUACAGCUGGAGGAGCAUAACUUACCACAUCCAAACAUGUUUUGCUGCUAGAAUUUUUUCGGCUCUAUAUGCAUAGUUUAUGUUAGAUAUCAUAGCUUGUUUCCAAUAUUGGUCAGGUAAGGUUUUACAGUUUCUACCUGUCAAAGUUAUUCAUAGACGAGCAAAACUGUAACACUUGAUACCUGUUUCACUUAAUGAUUCGUGACCUUCUCAAUGCUCUAAA